AAAAGCAAAAUGUCAGAAGAGAUCUUUACUAUAUAUGAGAACAGUCCGAACUUAGCAAAAAACAAGGAUAACAGUAAUGUGUAUGGUAAAAUGGUUUUUCCAAAAAACACUCGAGCCAAUGGAGACAAUAGCUAUGGAAAUGAAAGUGCAUUUAAUUUUUCGGUAUUUGAUUUAAAUUCGAAGUUGAUUGAAAAAAGGCAACCGAUAUACGACAAUAUUAAACAUAACGAAUUAUCAAGCCAAAAACUACUAUUUACAAAAUUAUUUGGAACAGCGAAAAAUAAUGAUAUUAUCUAUGAAAACUUAUGUCGUGGAUGUGGUUAUGGUAUUUUUGAAGGGAAAAAUUAUUUGUGUGACUUUUGUAUAUGUUUGGUUAAAGGUAACAAAAGUAACAAAUCCGAAAGUUUGCGAAAAAUAAAUAAAAAUCAUGUGAACACUGAGGAGAAUAUCUAUGAAAAUAUUUGUUCUUGUUGUUCCAAUUUAUAUAAUACUCAAGAAUGUCAAUUCUGCAUAAGAAGCGAAAAAUUCAUGGAAACAUCAAAAGAAGAAAAACUUGAAGUUAUGAAAAAAGAGCAGAAAACAUUGUAUUUUCAGAAUUUGGAUAAGCCUAAAUUCUUCGAUGGUAUUUUGGGGUCGUUGAAGAAAAGUUCAAAACCUAAACAAGAAUGUUCAAGUAAAAAACACAAACGGGUGGAGGCAAUGUAUAACGUUAAAGGACACCCUAAUGUUUCCCCAUCAAAUAACGUAUUUAAUAAGCAAGGAAUACUCGAUUUUAAGCAAAAGAAAACGAACUACGAUGCAUUCCGGAGAGAGCAACAUAUAUACGGCCGAUUAAAAUUUAGCGAACAUUUUGUUGGUAAAAUUCCUUUAGAAGUAACUUCUAAUCAUACUGUGUCUAAACCUCGUGAAUUCCUAAAGGGAGAUCUAGAUUCCGUUCACAUCAAAAGUUCUAUUGAAUGUUCAUCUGCUUCGAGGAAACUAUCCAAAUCACCCAAAAUUCUAAAACAUUUUCCAACUCGUCCUUUUAAUACACCAGAUUAUAAAACGCUUCAUACUCCACUGUCUGAAAGCGUUUGUUAUUGGUUGGAAUUGCUGCGUCAACAAGUGCAUAAUUAUUACAGUCAUGGUACAUCAUUUGAUGAUGGCGAUUACGGUUUAUGUAUUCCUAAGAGCCUUCCAUCAAGAAGCGUGUUGAUGCACACAUACUGCGAUGCUGCUUCAAGUUAUGAAAUGUACGAUUUUGUUUCCCCUUUCUAUUUAGAAAUAGGAAUGACUAAUUUGACGACAACUGAUAAAAACGUAGAAGAAGAAAAUGCUACAUUUACAAAUAAUAUAAGUCAUAUUCAUAUUAGUAAGCAAAUUGAAAAUCGUUUUGAGACAAUGGUGGAUGUAUUUAAGCAAAAUCUGAAAGCAAAAUGUAUACUUCAUAAACAGAGAGAGUAUCAAACAUCUGUUGAGCAAUCCAAUUAUUCGCUCAACACAUUAUCAGAAGCAAGCUAUGUAAUACGAUCUUCACUGCAGCGAACCAAAUGGCCCUCCGAACAUAGUCCGAUUGCGGUAAUGAAUUAUCAACCGCUCUCAACAGUUACCGCCGAAAAAGGUCGAACUAGUUGCUUUUCAACUUGCAAUGUGAUCAAAAGCAAGUGCAGUCAUUGUGGUUGGCUAGGUGGUGGAGGGGUAUCAAAAGAAAAAACUAAAAUCAAAAUUAACCAAGAAAAAUGUGAAAGAAAUUAUAAGGAAAAAUCGGAAAUGAUUAAUACGUACAACAAAGCACACGGGCAGUACCUCAAACAAAUAAACGGUUAUUUUUUCGAUAUUAAAGGAAAAUGUUGCAAUAAUUCAUUCAAAAUAUACGAAGUGAACAAUCAAAAUCCAAAAAUCAACCAUUUUAAUUUUGUGUGUUUAAUUAACAAUGUGUUAAUAUCGUAUAGCCUUAAUACAAACGUCUUGCAUUUGUGUUCCAAUCGAUUGCAGUACUUUAAUUGGUUUCAAGAUUGGCUUCUUUACAAUUUCAACCCGUGGAGCUUCAAUGUUAAACGUGCUUUGAAGGUGCUGGCUAAUUAUAAUAGCUUUAAAAUAUCAUUUAAAUUAUGGGCUGUACUGAAUGAGUCAGUAAAGCGACAUAGAGGUUUAUGGAAAUAUGAUAAACAAGGGGAGAACAUUUAUGGUGAAGCACCAAUUGACAGCACAGUGAGCGAGCAAGUUACGAAAUUUAUUCCAAUGGCAUUUCAAAGUAGUAGUUUGGAGAGCGACUUUAUUGUUAAUGAGAAUGAGAGUGUACAAUUAAGUGCGACACAAAAUGUGGUAAAAAAUAAAUGUAUGAAAAGCAAUGACGAAGUAGUUCUGCUACGUACAAAAACUAAGGAAACGUUGGAAAGAAGUAAAAAAGCUCAAGGGAAAUAUUUAGAUCUUGAUGAAAACGUAGUUAAACUAAACAACUAUGAUUAUAAUAAAAAUGAAGAUAUUGAUUUGACAACUGGAACCAAAAUUUCAAAUAAUCAUAGCCUUUCUGAUGAAAAAAAUAACUCGUCUCACACUGAAGAAAACUCUAUAAUAAAAGCAAAGGAAGAAGACAUUUACCAACCCAUUUGGAAGUUUCAAACCGUUGGAGAGGCUCUAUACGAUAGUGAUCCCGAAUAUUAUAAUUUGAGUAAUCGAACUUGUAAUUCGAAGUAUUUGCAUAAAAGGAAGCAACGUAUGUCAAAUGAUUCAUCAAUUCCAUGUCUUGUUAUAUCUGACAAUGGGGAAGAUCAUGGAGAUUGGGAGACCGAUGACGAAUUUAUGUUCUCAAAACAGUUUGAUGAAUACUGCGGAGCAGGCGACCUGAUACCAUUACAAACAUCACACAACACAAUUUCUCAGAGCAAUAGCACAAUCACAAGUGCUUCAAGUUCUGACAUCAUUACUGCACCGUCACACUCAAAUUUUCAACAUCCCUUCCUCCGUACAGUAUGCAUUUUUUUCAGCUUAAAGGAGCCUAAAAUUCGUGCAAUCGUAUAUGAUUACACGUAUAGCCAAUCAUCGUAUUAUUUUGCAAAAAACCAAAAUGCAAACUUGCUUUCUUACAAUAAGACCAACGGAAAAUUGAAACCAACGAAUACAUCUACUUUUAAUUGGUUACCGCCAUCAAAUAGUACUCAUGAAAACAUAGCGUUUGUAUCAACAAUAACGAACAGAACAUGUGUAAAUAAUGAACCUGCCACAGACUCUAGAUUGAAUCCAAUAAAUGCGUGGAAACUGAACCUAUUAAAUAUAUCAAACAUUGAAGAUGAAGAUGACUUGUUCGUGUCAGAGAAAGAGCUUUUGCGCUCUCAAGCCUUUAAAGAGAAUACCGAAUAUGAGAGUUCACCUCCAAAACUAUCUGCCCCCCAGCUUAUUAAAAGUGUUUCGUCCGGUAAUAUUUUGGAUAUACCAAGUGUGGACGACAAAAAAACCAUUACCGAACGUGUGCGUAGUAAAUUUCCAAGAAGCGUCUUCAAAAUAAAUGUACGUUCACCAAAAACCGAGAAGAAACAAAAUGACAUCAUUCGUUCUGCAAAAACGGGAAGUUUAUAUUUGGAAACAGAUGCGCAACCUGAAUUUCCAAUUUUUGGGGCACCACUUGAAAAAUUAGAAAUGAGUGAAGUUGUUCAUCAUGUCCCACGUUUUGUUGUGGACUGUGUAGCUUAUAUCGAACGUAAAAACUUUAUAUUACAAGAUGGAUUAUAUCGUGCUUCUGGCAACAAAGUAGCUAUUGAUGAAUUGAAAAAAAAGCUAUCCGAAAGCUUCGUCUACAAUUCAAAUCUUUUGGUUGCUGAUGAUAUACAUACUAUUACCAGUUUAUUAAAACAAUUCUUUCGAGAAUUAAGCAACCCAUUGAUUCCCCAGCAUAUAUAUAAUCAACUCGGACGUAAUUUUCUUGAAACCGUUGGUAUUGAAGCAUUGAAAAAUACACUUGAAGAAAUGCCUGAUCCUAAUCGAGCAACAUUGAAAUUUCUUAUACGCCAUUUAAAGAAUGUUGCCGCCUUCAGUAAAGAAAAUCGCAUGCCUGCAUCUAACUUGGCAAUUGUAUGGGGCCCAUGCAUUUUUACAUCAGAACAAAUUGUAUUUGGUGAUAUCGGACGAAUGAAUACACUAACUAAACUAUUUAUAGAAAACUACGAAUACGUAUUUAGCGAAAAUGAGCGACUUGUAAAUUAAGUUGUGAUAAAAAUUCUUAUCAUGUUACAUCACGUUUUAGAAUUAUUUUUGCAAUUAAGUCAAAAUUUUAGUAAAUCCUGACCGUUUACAUAUGUAUGUUUUAUACUCUCGCAACAUGUUGAACAGCGUAUAAUUAUUUUGAUAUUGUUAUUAUCCUAAUGGUUUCUGGUAACACUUACAUCUAAAGAAGAUAGAUAAAUAAUUACAAAUUUAUAUCAAAAUCAGCAAGAUGGCGCGAUGAUUUGACAUCCAGUUAACUUAACCUGAAAUCUUAAUAAUCUCAAAAAAUUCCAAGACUUCUCCAUUCUACUUAUACAAAUCAUAUGCUAGUGAAUUUUAUGCCAAAUAUAUCGUAUCAUAUAUGGUAUAGUGAUUAUAUUAAUAAAAUAGUUUGAAAGCUUGUUCGCAAGUAUAGUUUAGUUUAAUGCUUAGCUAAAAUCUGAAACUUACCCUGAUUUGCAAUUUGCGAGAGUAUACAAAUUUCGUCUGCAACCGAACGCAGCCUUUCCUUAAUUCUUUAUUAAACAAUCAUGCUAAAUUGAAAAGUAAGUAUACACUAGAAUUAACCAAAUUUUACAUUGUGAUAACAUAUAUUAAAUAUAUGAGUGCAGAGCUCUAAAUUGCAAUAAACUAGUAAAAUCACUAUCUCUGAACUAUUA